AUGGCUAAAAGAGAGGCUAAACUAUUCACCAUCGGACCGGGUAGCCUUCAGUACAUCGACGAAGAAGUGGAACAAGAACGUUUAGAAGAUUACUCUGAACACCUGUUAAGCCCCACCACAUUAGGGAACUUUGACAAAGCCAGACUUGAAACCACGAAACUGGAUAGCUGUAAUAAUUCGGUGACUUCGAGUCCUGAUAUUCUGGAUGAUUCUUCCACCUCCCUCUUGGGGAACGGCAGAAGCUCGUCCAAGAAACAAUUUGUCACCUUCUCCGGGAAGAACUACAACACCCAAGGGGACACACGAGUCGCAGCGAACCCGGUAAAAAACAGGCUCGGUUAUGAAAAAGUUCCGACCAAUAACGGGUUUUCUAAAACCGGAAACGACAACCAACAAACUGGCAGAAUUCCGGUUCGGGUGUUGGAAUUUAAACCCAACCCAAUCCAAAAUUCACGGGAGAGUUACACAAACGCAUUGCCAGAUUAUUUGACUAAACGUGUUGAAAAUCGAACCAGUUUUGACUUGCCGGAAAAGAAAUUUCUCGAAGUCCCGACGCUGGAGAGUGUUCUUGGAAAACGUGACUGUAGCAUAUCCGAGAUAGAGGAACCACUACCAGACGAUAAAAGCCAACCCGUUUUCCGGGAUGUGGGUGGUAACAAAAUGGACGAUACUGUUGAUACAAUCAUUCCCGUAGAGAAGUCAACCCCCACACAAAGCGAGGAACUACGGAACCUGCUGUCUCCAAGUUCUCCAGGCAAGAAUUCCGACCUCGAGUUUCAGCUUCCUGUGCAGUGGAACCGCAGGUUGAGAGAUCUCCAUGGACGGAAGAGGUUUGACAGGUUGGCAGCUAAACAGAAACUAAAAGAGCUGAUGCCGAAGAUGGAGAUGACCCGAGAAGAGAUGAUCAAGAAGUACCGCAUCCAUUUCUUCGUCCUGUUCUUCUUCCUGCUAACCGUGAUACUGGUCAGCCUGGCCUGGUACUACAAGAACAUGGCAGUCGACCUGCUCUACGCCAGCCAGGCCAUCUUCUUCAACCCACGCACCAGGAAGCUCUCACUUACAGAUCCGCUGAGCACUAGCAAGAUUCAGGGCAAGUUGGGUCAGGACAUACCUCAAUGGCAGCUGCCCCUCCACUGCCCCAUGGUCAUGAAGAACCCACACAACAAGGAGUGUAUAUGGAAGGAGCACGCGAUCCUAAGGAUAGACCACACACGGGCCACAGGCAUUCAGUGUUAUACUGUCUCGUGGGAGAGCUUGACGCCGCUGCAUUCCCCGUACGACUGUUUCGAGGUAGCAGACGGCGAGUGGUACGGACCGUCCAACAACUCGGACAGCGUCUACCCCAUCCGCGGGGAGUUCGUCUACCAACCCACCCACUCCUCCUCCAGACGAGACGGCGUCUUCGGCGCGGCCGUCAACUUCUACUGGCUCUCCUCCACCGGCACCGGCCUCUACGUCAUCUCCGACAAUCCGGUCCAGGUGUCUUGGAACCGGACCGGAGACAACAUGCUCUGCAUCCGGGCCAACUACAGCGGGUCGUUGUACCACCAGGAUAGCACCACGGAGUUAGCCUGGCUCAACUACACGCUGUGUAAAGGGGUGGAUGCCGUUGUGACUCAUACUCACAUGCAGAACAUGUCCUUGCAAGGCGCGUUGAAGUUCCCGCCCGACGUGGCGUUCAGUGGGGCGUGGUGGUCGGUGCCGGACAUUGUCCAGUCUGGCACCGUCAAUCAGAGUCACGUGGAGGCGCUGAUGAAAAGUUUGGCCGAGAACGGGUUCGUCAAUAACAAGUUGACCCUGGACGUGGACUGGGAGGGGACGACGGGGGAUUUGACCUUUGACCCGCAGAGGUUCCCGAAUAUUUCAGAGCUCAUGGACUCGGCUAAAAAUAGAAGCAACGAGAUUGUAUUGAGUGUGAGCCCUUACUUCAAGUACACGACUCAAAAUUUUAACGAGGGCGUGGCAGGGUCAUAUUUUAUUCAGGACGCUGGGGGAGAGGUCGCAGGACUGACCAGGUACCAGAGUAGUCUGGCUGCUGUGCUGGACGCCACCAACCCUCAAGCCACUGCCUGGUUCGCUAAGAAACUGCAGGCGUUGAAAGGAAGCGGCAUCGAUUCCUUCCGGCUGGCGUACGGGUCACAGGGCUGGCUGCCGUACAAGCCCCAGUUCUACAGGAACGACUCAAUGCCUGGCACUUUCAGGAAACUCAUGACAGAACUAAUGGGCAAUAACUCCGAACUACUGACCGUAGACUACACGUCGGAUUCCCGUCACGUGGCCGGCUUUGUUCCAGUCCCAGCUAUAGUGGACUCCAAGACCAAAUGCCUGACCGGUGCCAUAGAUACGGCCUUGACCCUCGGCCUUAUGGGCUACCCUUUUAUUCUGUUGGAUGGUAUUAGGGCGCAGUCUACGGAACCUGAGUUCAGUUCCAGCAAUAAGCCUUCGGAAGAGCUGUUCAUCCGAUGGCUCCAACUGGCCGCCAUGUUCCCAGCCUACCAGUUCAACAUCCCGCCCUGGAGCUUCAGACCGGAUGUCACCAUCAUGGCGGCCAAUCUGACCACUCAACGUCUUCUGCUGCAGAAGGCGUUGGCCAGCGAGGAGCUGAGGCGGGAGGUCGAGGCGGGUCUGCCCAUCAUCCGUCCAAUCUGGUGGCUUAACCCAACACCGGAUGUCCACGCUAUGAAGGCCAAGGACCAAUACCUGAUCGGCAGUUCCCUGCUUGUGGCGCCAAUCCUGUGCGAGAAGCAGACGACACGGGACAUCUUCGUGCCGUCUGGCGUGUGGGAAGACCUCAAGCUGCACAAGGUUGUGAUAGGCCCCAGGCUGCUCAAGGACUACGCCGUGGAACCCUACGAGAUUCCCGUCUUCAGCUACCGGAAGGAACACGACGUCUGAUGAGCUUCGGGCAUGCGCGUUGCCUUGUUUUUUCGAGAAUCUCAUCUUGUAUUAUUGUUUAGGGUAUAUCGAUUUCUUCCAGUUGGUUUGUAUUGAUGAUAUUUUUACGUGUUAAUUUUUACCAUCCUAACUUAGACUUUGGUCCUGAUUAUAAUUCUGGCUAUAGUCCUAUUAUUGACUUACUUUUAUCCUAAAAUUUACCCUUAACUCCAUACGGAUAAAGAACAGUGUUUCUUCCAGACUU